AUGGAAGAAAGAAAGUGGUCAUAUAUCAUGGUGAGCGUAAUUUUUUACUUGUGUUAUUUUUUUUAUUUUUUAACUUAUAGUUAUGAAAUAAUAUUUUUGUUUCAAACAAAAAUUGAUUAUAUUGUAUUUUGUUUAUUAUUUAUCACGUCGUUGUUUUCUAUUUACUUUUGUUCCAAAGGGUUGAUAUAUAUUAGUACUUUUCUUGUAACUAUUAUAUCUUUUAUUGAAAUUUAUGAAUACACAAAUAAUAUUCGAAAAGAUUUAUAUGAUGAAGAAUUCCUCAAAUUAUUUUUGUUAGUAAGAUUAUUUGCAGCUGUCAAUUUGGUUGUAUUCCUACAUCUUCAUAUAAAAAAUCUCAAAAAUAUAAAAGAUGAAAAAUUAAAUAAUGAGAAAGAUUCAACUGUUCAAUCUGUAGCUGUACCAACAAAUACAACCACCCAAAAUAAUCAUAAUAAUCAUAAUAAUAAUCAUAAUCAUAAUCAUAAUAAUAAUCAUAAUCAUAAUCAUAAUCAUAAGCAAAAUAAUAAUCAUAUUCAUAAUCAAAAUAAUAAUCAUAAUCAAAAUAAUAAUCAUAAUCAAAAUAAUAAUCAUAAUCAAAAUAAUAAUCAUAAUCAUAAUAAUAUUCAUAAUAAUAAUCAUAAUGACUGCUGUAAUAAUUAUUAUAAAAACCAAGAUAAUUUCUUAAAAUCCAAUACAGUUACAUCUUCCCAUAAUAAUUUGUUCAAAGAAAAUAUACCUCACGUUCAUCAACAUACAGGAAUUAUAACAUCUAAAACAUUACCAACAGAAAACAUAUAUGUUUUAAAACAUGUAUCCAUACCAAUCAUUGAAAAAGAAAUAAUAAAUAAAGAUACUAACAUUUCACAUAUGUACGAAAUGCAAAAAAAUGAUUCGUUUAACCACUAUCGAGUUCAUAAUUUAUGUUCAUCUAAUAAUAUAAAUGAUAAUAAAAUAACAGAAACUAUUACAACACAUAACCAUAAUAAAAACAAUAAUGCAUACACGAACCAUAUUAUUCAAAAUAAUCACGUUCCAAAUUAUACAUAUGAACAUCCAGAGGUUCUACAAUAUUAUCCAGGGAAUUUCCACACACACAACAUGGGAAAUAAUAUUCAAUAA